AUGGAGGAAUUUAACGAGUGCAUUAAUAGCUGCGGUCUAAUGGAUCUACCAUUAGAUGGGAAGCAACUAUCUUGGUGUAAUGGGCAGCAAGGCUUAGCAAGAAGCUGGGCAAAGCUUGACAGGGUUCUAAUAAACACUCAGUUUGGGCAUGAGCAUGGGCAAACCACGGCAAGGUUGCUUAGUAGAAAAACCUCGGACCAUUCUCCUAUUUUUUUAAGCUUUACUAAGGUAGACGAAAGGUAUGGACCAGCGCCGUUUCGAUUUCAGAAUAUGUGGACAUCACAUGACAGUUUCUUAGAAAUGGUACGGAUUUCAUGGAACGAGCCGAUAAGGUGGGAGCCAGGUUUGCUGAAUCUGGCCGGGAAACUAAAAAGGCUUAAACAGAAAAUGAGGCAGUGGAAUAGAGAGACUUUUGGCCGAGUUGAUGCAAUAAUCAAAGAACUGGAGGAGAGGGAAGAAAUCUACGAGGAGAUCCUCCAAGAAAACUACUCGGAGGAUAUUGAGCAAGACCUCCUUAUCACCAAGGCAGAACUGGAUAUUUGGUACAAAAGAGAGGACAUGAGACUAGCCCAACAAGCAAAAAAAAUCUGGUUAGAGAAGGGCGAUAAGAACACUAAAUUUUUUCAUGCUACAUUGGCUCAACGUAGAAGGAAUGCAUGUAUUAAAAGCAUGAACCUACCAGACGGAACAGUUUUGGGAUCGAUGGAACUAGUACAUGAGGGGGCGGUCAAGUAUUUUGAGGAUUUCCUUACGAUAGAAGAGGAUGUUGCAACACCAUGCUUGGAGGAACUGAUCCAACCUGCUGUGUCGGAAAACAUAGUACAAAGCCUGAGAACAGAACCAACUGAGAAGGAGAUUUAUCAGGCUUUUGCAUCCAUAAAGGCAGAUAGCAGCCCGGGACCCGAUGGCUUCGGAUCCGCUUUCUACGUAUCAAGCUGGAGCAUUAUCAAGGAAGAUGUUAUGGCUGCUGUAAGAGAGUUUUACUCGGGUCAAACUCUCCCAAGAUAUUACUCUUCUUCCUUUCUAGUGCUUAUUCCAAAAAUUAAAAAUCCUCAGAGUUACGAUAGCUUCCGCCCCAUAAGCUUAUGUAACGUGAUUUAUAAAGUUUUUUCGAAAACUUUAGUGGAUAAACUAUCCUUGAUACUUGAUGAUGCUAUUGCGCCAGAACAAGGGGCUUUUGUGAAAGGAAGAAAUAUCUUGGAAAACAUCACCCUCACCCAAGAGAUGGUAAAGCUGCUACACCGUAAGAAUAGAGGAGGAAACAUUUUGAUGAAGAUAGACAUGAGCAAGGCGUAUGACAGGGUAAACUGGAAAUUUCUGGACCACACUCUUAGAGCUUUUGGUUUGCCGGACUUCUUUUGUAGGUUGAUAAAAAAUUGUGUAACAUCGACGUGGUUCUCUAUCAUGAUGCACGGCACCUAUAAAGGGUUUUUCAAGGCAAAAAGGGGGCUGCGACAAGGGGACCCUAUUUCUCCUAUUUUGUUUAUCAUCAUGGAAGAGGUCUUCUCAAGAUUGCUCAAGAGGAAGGCUUUGGAGAAGAGGAUCUUAACUUUUUCUCAGCCUAGCGGAACCCCUCCUAUCUCACACUUAUUAUUUGCUGAUGACAUAAUGGUUUUUGCCAAUGCUAGUAGGGGAUCUAUCUGGUGCCUAAUGGAGGUGGUAAAGACUUAUGAACUGUGGUCUGGUCAGAAGGUUAAUCUUGAAAAAUCAGCAGUAUACUUCUCUAAGCAACUGAAAAGAAGAAGGAGGGGAGAGAUCUUGAUGGAAACGGGUGUUAAGGAGGGACAUUUUCCUUUCCAGUAUUUGGGGGUCCCAAUAGUGGAGGGUAAACUGAAGGCUAGAAACUUUGACACAUUGAUUUUGAACAUUGAGAGGAAACUUUCAGGUUGGAAAAGCAGAUUAUUAUCACAAGGGGGAAGAAUGAUUCUUAUGAGACAUGUACUAUCUAGCAUGCCUGUCUAUUUACUCUCAGCAAUACAUAUGCCAAAACUAGUGAUCCGAAAGGUGCAUAGUCUCUUUGCAAAUUUUUUCUGGGGUGAACAAGGGGGUAAGAGCAAAAGAAAGUGGAGGUCGUGGAGGAAGCUUUGCGCCCCAGAGGAAGAGGGUGGUAUAGGUAUGCGAGACGUUGCUGAGGUCCAAAAAUCUCUCUUCAUGAAAUUCGGAUGGAAUAUUCUAACUCAAAAAUCACUUUGGGCAAAUUUUUUCAGAGCCAAAUAUUUGAAAAAUGGACACAUAGAAAGGAGACCAGAAAGCAAGCUGGUAUCUAAUUUCUGGAAAAAAGUUAAGGAAGGAAUUAAAGAAGUUCUGGCUAAAUCAAGUUGGAAAGUACGGGAAGGAAACAUCUCUCUUUGGUUUGAUAAUUUCCUCCCAGGGGGUCCUAUCUCGGAAAUGAUAUCACAAGUGGAAGAGCCAAACACAAGACUAAAGGACCUGCUAGACAAAAACAGAUGGGAAGACGAGAGAAUACAAAGACUGAUGGAUAGACAGACGGCAAAUGAAGUAAUACAGCUUGUAGGAAAAUUAAAAGAUGAAAAGGACGUGCUAGUGUGGUUACCAGAGAAGAGUGGAACCUUCUCCACAAAAUCAGCUUGGAACGAAGUGAGAUUAAAGCACCCGAAAUUCGAAUGGGCAAAAUGGGUCUGGCAUAAAUUUCUCCCCAAAAAGAUAGCUAUAUGUGUGUGGAGGGCAGCUUUUAACUGCCUAAGUGUUGAUGAACAAACACGCAAUAUUGGAAUUCCUAUUGCGUCGGCAUGUAACUGCUGCAAAGAAAGGCAAAAUGAAGACUUGGAACACCUGCUAAGCAAAGGGGAACUAGCAGUAAGUAUCUGGAAAAGGGCAUCAGCUGAGAUGGGAGUCCCUUUCCGGACACAACAGAACUGGAAAGAGAGAGUUCAGAUCUGGUUUAACAGGGCCUCACGCAAAACUCAGCUUGGUUUCCUGCUGGGAUUAAUGCCAUGUGUAAUAAUCUGGAAAAUAUGGAGCUGGCGCUGUGCAGCAAGAAUGGAGGGGUUUUAUAAAAACAUCAUGGAGGUAUGGGGAGAUAUUAAAUUCUGGUUAGGGUCCAUAGCCAAUACAAUCAUCAAAGCCCGGAAAUUAACCAGCUGGGAUAAUAAAAUGAUCAGAAACUUAGGUAUUCAUACAGUGAUAGUGAAGAAGAAACAGGUGAAGAUUAUCAAGUGGAGGAGGCCGAAUGCUGGUAGACUAAAGCUAAACGUGGAUGGUAGCAGCCUCGGCAACCCAGGACUAGCUGGAGGGGGUGGUAUUCUGAGGGAUAGUGGGGGAAAAAUAGUUUAUGGUUUUUCAAAACAUUUUGGAAAUGCCUCAAGCGUGGAAGCUGAACUAAGAGCUUUACUGGAAGGGGUAAAACUAUGUCAAAAUCUGGGAUACACAGCUAUAGACAUUGAGUGUGACUCUAUAAUUCUUGUGAACUGGACACGGAAGCAAAAAUGCACAGCUUGGUACCUUUGGGAUUACUGGGAAGAACUGCAGGCUGUUUUACAGCACUUUGACUUCACAAUAUCACACUCCUAUAGAGAAGGCAACCAAGUGGCAGAUUCUUUGGCUAGAAGGGGUGCCUUGGGUGAGUCAUCUUUAUUCUCAGAAUGGAAGCAACUCCCAAGGAUAACGAGAGGGCUGGCGAGACUUGAAUCUAUGGGGACUGCUUGUUUUAGAUGCACAUGA